GUCUCGGAUCCUUUCCUUUUGGGGUGCAAGUUGGAGUGAAUUUACGCAAAUGCCUCUCCAGUGAACUCUUUUAGGUUUCAUUUUGAGCUACUGUUCAAAGAUCGCCUACUGAUAGCAAUGACCUGAAUUAGUAAAUAGAGAGGCGGAGCAAUGGCUUUAGGUUGUUUAGUUAGGCUUCUUGUUGCACUCCAUAGCUUUAGAGUUUUUGUUCCCUAAAAUUUAUUUAUGCUGGGUAUGUUGGUAUGCCCAUGAACGAGGGUUAGGGUUGCAUAAAUAUCUCUAUAGUCAGAAAUAAUCCCCGUCAAAAAGAAAUAAACAAGAAAAGAAAGAGAUAAAGGAAAGGUGGAUAUGAAGCUUUCAGCAUCGGGGUUGAGUCAGCUGGAUCAUGAAGGAGGAACAGGGGAGAAGAAAUACUUAAAUUCGGAGCUGUGGCAUGCAUGCGCUGGACCGCUGGUGUCCCUACCGACGCCGGGGACCCGUGUCGUCUACUUUCCUCAGGGUCAUAGCGAGCAGGUUGCUGCUACUACUAACAAAGAAGUUGAUGGGCACAUUCCCAAUUACCCGAGCUUGUCACCCCAGUUGAUUUGUCAACUCCAUAAUGUCACAAUGCAUGCUGAUGUGGAAACGGAUGAAGUAUAUGCGCAAAUGACAUUACAGCCUUUGACGCUGGAAGAACAAAAAGAUACGUUCCUCCCUAUGGAAUUGGGGAUUCCAAGCAAGCAGCCUGCCAAUUACUUUUGCAAGACAUUGACAGCGAGUGACACAAGUACCCGGGGGUUCUCCGUUCCUCGUCGUGCUGCUGAGAAAGUUUUCCCUCCACUGGAUUUCUCACAACAGCCACCAGCUCAGGAGCUUAUCGCAAGGGAUCUCCAUGAUGUUGAGUGGAAGUUUAGGCAUAUUUUUCGAGGACAGCCGAAACGUCAUCUUCUUACUACAGGCUGGAGUGUGUUUGUCAGUGCCAAAAGACUUGUUGCAGGGGAUUCUGUUCUCUUCAUCUGGAAUGAAAAAAAUCAGCUACUUUUGGGAAUUCGCCGUGCCACUCGACCGCAAACUGUGAUGCCAUCAUCUGUUUUAUCAAGUGAUAGCAUGCACAUCGGACUCCUAGCUGCUGCUGCUCAUGCUGCUGCAACCCAUAGCUGUUUUACUAUUUUCUAUAACCCGAGGGCCAGUCCGUCUGAGUUUGUUGUACCCCUUUCAAAGUAUGUUAAAACUGUAUUUCACACACGUGUAUCAGUUGGGAUGCGUUUCCGGAUGCUUUUUGAGACUGAAGAGUCAAGUGUCAGAAGGUACAUGGGUACGAUAACUGGAAUAAGUGAUCUGGAUUCUGUCCGUUGGCCAAAUUCUCAUUGGAGAUCUGUCAAGGUUGGUUGGGACGAGUCAACAGCUGGUGAGAGGCAGCCAAGGGUGUCUUUGUGGGAAAUUGAACCUUUGACAACUUUCCCCAUGUAUCCAUCAUUGUUUCCCCUGAGACUGAAACGCCCCUGGCAUCCUGGGGUCUCAUCUUUGCAUGAUAGCAGGGAUGAAGGAACUAACAAUGGGUUGAUGUGGUUAAGGGGGGGAACUGGAGAACAUGGAGUCAACUCCCUAAAUUUUCAGGGUGUUGGUUUGUUUCCCUGGAUGCAGCAGAGACUGGACCCAACUUUGUUUGGAAAUGAUCAUAAUCAGCAGUACCAAGCUAUGUUGGCUGCUGGAAUGCAGAACCUAGGAAGUGGAGAUCUCCUGAGACAACAAAUUAUGCAAUUUCAGCAGCCCUUCCAGUAUUUUCAACAGCGAGAGAGCCAUACUUCACUCUUGCAGCAGCAGCAGCAGCAACAACAACAACAGGAGGCAUUUACCCAAACCUUGCCUCGUAACAUCCUGCAGGCACAAACCCAAGUCUUAACAGAGAGCAUACCCCAGCACCUUAUACAGCAACCUCUUAACAACCAACAAGAAGAACAGGCACGACAGCAGCAACAUACCUUUCAGAAUACGGUUCAUAUCCGAAGUGAUCAGCUGCAUCAAAGACUGCAGUCAAAUGUGUCUUCUUCAUCUUUUGCGAAAGCAGACUUCAUGGAUCCAAGCACAAAGUUCUCAGCAUCUAUUACCCCUAGACAGAAUAUGGUCAGUUCAUUUUGUCCUGAAGGGAGUAGCAAUUUUUUGAACUUCUCCAGAGUUGGUCAGUCUAUGCUAGCUGAACAGUUACCCCAACAAUCCUGGGUCUCUAAGUACACACAUUCACAGGCAAAUGCUUAUGCCAAUUUAAUGUCACACACACCAUAUCCUGGGAAAGAUGCUAAUGAAGAGCCAGAGAAUUGCAAUUCUGAUCCCCAGAAUCCUACUCUUUUUGGUGUUAAUAUCGAUUCAUCCGGGCUUCUACUCCCUACCACCUUGUCCACUUUUUCUACUUCAGUUGAUGCUGAUGUGACAUCUAUGCCAUUAGGGGAUUCCGGAUUUCAGAGUUCCCUGUAUGGUUCGGUGCAAGACUCUUCUGAGUUGUUGCGGAGUGCAGGGCAAGUUGACCCACCAACCCCAUCUCGGACAUUUGUCAAGGUUUAUAAAUCAGGGUCAGUUGGGCGCUCACUGGACAUCUCCCGGUUCAGCAGCUAUAAUGAGCUGCGAGAGGAGCUUGCUCAGAUGUUUGGAAUUGAGGGGAUGUUGGAAGACCCUCGUAGAUCAGGCUGGCAGCUUGUAUUUGUUGACAGGGAGAAUGAUGUGCUUCUCCUUGGAGACGACCCAUGGGAGGCGUUUGUCAAUAAUGUUUGGUAUAUCAAGAUACUUUCACCUGAGGAUGUCCAUAAAAUGGGAGAGCAAGCAGUUGAAUCCUUCAGCCCGCAUGUGGCUCAAAGGCUGAACAACGGUGGUGAAGUUCAAGACCUUGUCCCAGGGUUACCGUCUCCUGGCAUGCUUGAGUACUGAGGUGAAGAAAAGCAUUUGGACAGCUCCCUCACAUUGUUCCAAGUUUAAUCCAAAUAUUGGAUCUAUUAGUUUCGUGCCUGACACUCGUUAUUCUACUUAAAUUUGUCCCAAAAUUAUACUGUACGACUCUUCUUCUAAGACUAGUGUAAUGGGUCCGACUUCUGUUGAGGAAACAACAAAAAAAAAAAAAAAAAAAAAAAUGCGAGCUCACCACCUUCAUGAGAAUCCCGAGGACUGAAUUUCUAUCAAAUCUGAACUAAUGCCCUGAAACAAUGUUGGUGGUACCGUUAUUAUGAAAGUAGUAGUGGAUUCUCACGGUUUAGUGCA